AUGAAAAUUUCAAUUCAACUGAUUGCUGCUGCUUCUGCCACUCAUUAUCGAGCAGGCUCCUAUGAAUACAAGCAGAAUGGGGCUACUCUUCAAGUUCGACGAACAAUGGGUUGGCGACGCGGUUUUGCUGGCUACGGAAAUGACGGAUGUACAGAAGAUCACGUGAACAAUGAAAUCAUCAGUGAUCCGAUGAUCAACGAAGUUAUAUACGACUUCAACGGCAAUGUCUUGAUUGACUUUCAGGAAGCUGGAACAGCAGGAACCUACAUCGUCAGCGAAAUCGAACAAUCGCCCAAAUUAGACCCGGGAGUUCACUACUGCUUUGGAUCACAAACUGAGGAGUUUUCGAUUAGCAAGCAGUUUAUCCACAGAGCGUACGGUUGCUGUACGAUCGAGAUGAACGAUGACGAUGGGAAUGUGUUCAAAGACGGUGACUACCAGUUUCUGUCGAAAGUUUACGAUUUGACCAAUAAUUCGCCCUCAUUCAGAAUUCCUGCGAUCUGGUACAUCAUGUUCGGCUGCCCCGACCAGCGACUCCACCUCAGCCCGAUCGACGUUGACGGUGACAACAUCAAGUGCCGUUGGGCGAAUGAAGCCGAGGCGGCAAGAAUGUCCCGCGAUAUCGGCAACUUUAACUCUUUCCAACUCGACGAGGAGAAUUGCAUCGUCACUUAUCUUCCCGAAAACGACAACUUUGGCGCUGGAAUCAAACCUCUAGCGAUUCAAGUCGAGGAUUUCGACGCGAAUGGGGUGCUCCGAUCUUCGAUGCCAGCGCAGUUCAUGGCUACAGUUUGGACGCCCGAAAUGCCCGAUCCAGGGGACAAUGGUUCCACUGGCGGUGGAAAACUCUUUGCUGAUACUGUCUUCGGAGCAAUUCACGAUGAAACUCUAGAGAAUCAUCAGUCACCUUCAACCUCUUCUUUCAAGCCGCCUCGUAGAUGGCGUGCUCGAGGGCGGCGAAACACCGACUAUCCAGCAUACUGCUCCGGUCUUCCAACCUUCACCGGCGAAACCCCCACUGACGGAGACAUAAUCGAAGUUUUCAAUGAAAUCGAUAUUGAUUUUUUCGCGAUUUACACGCUUGAUGAUACAACCAACUUCGACAUGGACAGAAUUGUCUUUUCCACGCCACCAGGAAUGACCUGCACUGAGGUUGAUAAGGUGACGGGACAGGCGACUUGCUCCUGGGAACCAACAGAUGCGCAGAGAGCGAUUGGAGAGUUUGACUUGUGCGCGAUAGCAUACGAUCCAAUGAAUAGAAAUACUGAUCAAGUUUGCGUCACGCUCAGACUCAAUCCUCCAACCACAACAACAACCACUACAACUUCAACAACUACCACCAGCACGACAACAACGACGACAACAACAACAACUACUACAACUACGACAACAACCACGACUACAACGACAACUCUCGGAACAGGAAUCGCAACCAACACCGGUGACAUCAGCAUUUUUACUCACGAUUGGUUCAACGUUCCCACUAUUUUCCCUGAAUGCGAUACAAAACACAACAAUGAUUCUACCCUCUCUACCUGGGAAACCGUUGAAUCUGAGUGGAUGCCUGCCGUUGGAACAGUCCAUUGGAUGCACUUGCGCAACAGCGAAUCUCGAGAUUCCGUUUGCGCUGACGUCUACGAUGGGAGUAUUGGUUUCGAUAUGUCGCGAACGGUCAGAACCUUGAUUCCAACUUUUGCCGGGGUGAAAUGCUUGAGAUUCGAAAAUGGAGAAUGCACUAAUGCUCAGGUUCGAUAUUGCUGCCCACCUGAAAUUCCAACAACAACAACUACAACAACCACAACGACAACUACUACUCUUGGAACGGGAGUGCAAACAAACACCGGCGACAUCAGAAUUUCCACCCACGAUUGGUUCAACACCCCGACAAUUUAUCCUGAGUGCGAUACUAGCCAAAACUACGACUAUUACCUCUCAACCUGGGAAACAGUCGAGUCUGACUGGAUCGAAGGAGGAAGCAGCUGGAAGUACUUGCUCAACAGCGAUUCAAGAGAUGAAGUUUGUGCUGAUGUCUACGCUGGUGAAAUUGGUUUUGAUUCGUCGAGAUUGACGGGAGAUUUCAUUCCAAGCUAUGUUGGAGUCAGAUGCUUGAGAGUUGUUGAUGGAGAGUGUGUUGAUGCUCUCAUUCGUUACUGCUGCCCAGCUGAAAUUCCAACAACAACAACAACCACCUCUACAACUACGACUUCUACAACAACGACAACCACGACAACUACUACAACUACCACCUCGACAACAUCAACAACGACAACAACAACCUCAACCACUACAACAACAACCACGACAACAACAAGUCCUCGACCAAGAACUACCCUCACUUUCUGGCUCGACAUUUUCGCCCCCAACUUCACGUCUCAAAAUCUCACCGAUUACGGUUGCACUGGUCGAGGCCUUCUAGAACCUUUCACCCGAAACGCUGGUCGCCCCGUCGACGCAGUAGAUCUAGCGAUCAAUUCAUGGAAGAAAUGCAAUCGUUGCUCCGUUGACGUUCUCUAUCCAUCUACUCUUCUAACAAAGGGUUGGGACUAUCCCCUUCCUUUGAAUGAGCAGUGCUUUAGCGAUACGGACUUUGAAAAGGCAAUUUGCGAAUGCGACAAAGCAUUUGCCAAGGCUCUUGAAAUGAUUGGCUCGCCAGCAGAAGAAUAUCAAAAUUAUGAUGAAGGUCUUUGCAGCUCUUGCGGAGGAUCUCUUAUCGAAACUGAAACAAAAUGCUGCGUGACCGAAGCCGGCUCUUUUCAGCAAUAUUCAUCUCCAUCCGAGCAAUGCUGCGAAGACAACCAGCUAAAGCCAAUCGGAACCUGUGAAAUCGAAGAAGGAAUCACUUAUUCCGGCGCAGUGAAAAUGUUCUGA